AUGGCAUCCGAGGGGGACGCGCGGCGCCUGCUCGCUGCCGCCGUGAUCGCAUCCAUGCUGCUGGCCGUGGGGGGGGCUGAGGGCGGGCCAGGGGCGAUCGCCGAGAAGUACGGGGCGAUGGUGCGGGUGGUGGCGCGCGAGCUGGUGAACAGGUACUACGCAGAUGCGGGGGCCGGGGAGGUGGCGGGCUGCACGUGCUCGUUCCACGACUGCGGGGAUUUUUUUCCGGAGACGGCCUGCAUCGACACCCGGCACCAGGAGGACCUGGACUGCGGCCCCGCGGGGCCCUGCGGGCGAAUGCUGGUGAAUCCAGAAUUGUCCGGUGUGCGGACACCCCCCGGCCUCAUCACUGAGGACCCCAGUCUCAGCCCGGACGUUCUGAAGGACAUCUGUCUGACGCAGGGCUUGGAAGAGACGUUCAAGAAGGCGGCCAACUUCACUGCGGGGUUCGAGCCGUGGAUAUAUGUGGCGAUGGCCCGCUCAGGAGUGAUGAGGACCUGGCCAUUGAAGCCCCGUGAGAGGGAACCGAAUGGACAGUGCGUCCACUACGACCCGAGAGACCGUCCGUGGUUCAAAUCGGCAACUUCGGAGCCCAAGAAGGUGGUUAUUAUCGUUCAAGCUUCAGACUCCAUGCGCCUUCCGUUCCACAUGGGCGCCGGCAGCGUCGGCAAAUCCAGGUGGCGGGUGGCGCUCGACGCCAUCCGGGGCAUCCUCAACACCCUCGACCACGCCAGCGAUUACGUCAACGUCGUCACCUUCAGCGCCGACGCCAAGCCCCUGAUGGACGGUGGCCUCGUCAUUGCUGACGUGGACAACAUCGACAGCCUGGCGGGGAAGCUGGAAAACGUGACCCUGGCGGCCGGCGCGGACAACAAGAAAGCCUUCGACUUAGCCUUUGAUCUGCUCGACGGCUCCAUCUCGAGGGCGGGCAUCGACGACAGCUGCCAGAACAUCAUCAUUCACAUCGGGGACGGCAGCGACUGCACCACCAGCACGAGGCCCCAGGGGUCCUGCUCCCUGGGAGAGUCUUCCAGCGGCCGCCUCCCGGACGGGGUCUUCAAGAACCUGGAGGCCGUGCGCGAGCGGCAGGAGAGGCUGGAGCAGGACUCCAGCCGCGCCGCCAUCUUCACGUGCACCGUGGAGAACGCGGACGACAGCCUGGCGCGGCAAAUGGCGUGCGCAAAUGGGGGGACGUGGUUCACGCUCGAUGGCCGCGGCGAGCCCCUGAACAACAUGGAGGGUUAUUUUCAAUACCUGGCGCUUGCGGUGGAGCGCCACCUGGGGGGUGCAAACGAGCCGGUAUUGUUCUCGCCCCUUUACGAGGACGCCAGCGGUCUGGGGAUCAUGACAACCGUAUCGCAGCCGAUCUUCGUGAACCCCAGGUGCGCGGAGAGAAACUCCACGGUGGGCAGGUUGCUGCUGGGGAUCGUUGCCAAGGACAUCACGUUGGAUUCGCUGCUCGAAGCUGGGCUGACGCAGCAGAUGGUGGAGACCAUGAUCAGGGAGAGCCUUGGCUCCUUCAGGAGGUGCAACGAGGACUACAAGUACGCCCACUGCAAGAUGCAG